AUGUUGCUUGGAAAGAGACAACGACCACCGAUUAACAGAACCACGAGUCUGUCGGAGAUAAAUUUCGAUCUAAACCUUCCUGCAGAAGAAUCAGGAAUAUCACCAAACCAGCAGAGUCCAAGCCAAAACCUCAUGGUUGGACCGUACGGUCCCAACGGUCAAGUCGUAGCAGCAGCCGUCGAUCAACGGUUCUUAGCUAUGGUUGCACCGAGAGGUAACUUAAGGAGACACUCAGGUGACUUCUCGGACGCUGGACACUUCUUGAGAUCUUGCUCCCUCUGCGAACGCUUACUUGUUCACGGCCGUGACAUCUAUAUGUAUAGGGGAGAUACAGCUUUCUGUAGCUCAGAGUGCAGGCAACAGCAAAUGGCACAAGACGAGAGGAAAGAGAGAGGUAAACCGGCGAAGCACUCGGCGGUGGCAGCCACCGCAAAACCCGGCAAAGGAGGGAGAGCUGCAGCCGCCGUGUAA